GAGCAUCACCAUCCACGGGUAGAAAAAGAAAUCGGAUCCUGUGGAUAACACGAAAGAGACGGAUAUUCAUCGACCAUCCGUCUACCAUCCCUUCUCUCUUCUCCAUCUCUCUUUCACACAAUAAACCAUCCACCAUGGCACCCCAACUCCAAGACCCCAGCCUUUUCAUCACGAAGGGCUACAUCAACGGCGAAUGGAUCUCCCAAUCUACAACCGGGAAGACCUUCGACGUAACGAAUCCUGCCAAUGGUGAGACCAUCGCCAGCUUCCCAGAGAUGGGCAUCGCGGAGGUCGCAUCCAGCUCGGCCGCUGCCACGGCCGCCUUCAAGACAUGGAAGAAAUCCAGCCCCAAGGCUCGCGGCAAGAUCCUGCGCAAAUGGGCUGAUUUGAUGAAUGCCCACGCCGCCGACCUGGGCACGCUGAUGACCUUGGAGAACGGAAAGCCUUACGCGGAAGCCAAGGGCGAAAUUGCCUUCGCCGCCGGGUACCUCGAGUUCUACGCUGGCGAGGCGGAGCGCCAGUACGGCGACAUCAUUCCCUCUAGCUCCAACACUGCAAACCGGCUGCUCGCCAUCAAACAGCCCAUUGGUGUUGUGGCUUGUCUCUGCCCCUGGAACUUCCCAGCGGCGAUGAUUACUCGUAAGGCGGGUGCGGCGAUUGCGGCCGGUUGUACUGUUGUUCUCAAGCCGGCGGGCGAGACCCCGCUGACUGCGAUGGCAAUCACCAAGUUAUCAGAGGAGGCUGGUUUGCCUAAGGGUGUGUUGAACGUCCUAACGACGAUGGGGAACCUGGCUGAGGUGGGCAAGGCGCUGUGUGAGGAUCCCCUGAUCCGAAAGUUGUCUUUCACGGGAUCAACGAGGGUAGGGACGCUUCUCAUGCAGCAGUGCUCAGGAUCAUUGAAGAAGCUGUCUCUGGAGCUAGGCGGGAACUCGCCAUUUAUCGUCUUCGACGAUGCAGACAUUCCCAGUGCGGUGGGCGCAUUAAUGGGAGCCAAGAUCCGGAAUUCAGGCCAGACCUGUGUCUGCGCCAACCGGGUCUUUGUCCAGCGAGGGAUCCACGAUGCCUUUGCCAAAGCGCUGGUAGAGAAGUUCCAAGCUGUCAAGGUCGGAGAUGGGUUUGGCGAGGGGGUCAUGGUCGGACCGCUCACCGUGCCUCAAGGUGUUCAAAAAGCCCAGAAGCACAUCGAAGACGCCAUCAGCAAGGGCGCCAAGGUCCUACACGGAGGCAAACCCAUCCCCGGCAAUGGCAACUUCUUCGAAGCAACUGUCAUGUCUGACAUGAAGCCCAACAUGCUCUCCCACAACGAGGAGAUCUUCGCCCCUGUUGCUCAGCUGUAUCCCUUUGAUACCGAGGAGGAAGUCAUUGCGUUGGCGAACAACACAGACGUCGGUCUUGGCUCGUACAUCUGCACCGAGAACAUGGGCCGCAUGUGGCGCGUUGCCGAGGAGCUCGAGGCUGGUAUGGUGGGCGUCAACACUGGAGUGAUCGCUGGUGGUGAAUUGCCAUUUGGUGGUGUCAAGGCCAGUGGUUUUGGAAAGGAGGGCGGAAAGGAAGGUGUCGAGGAAUUCAUGGUGACCAAGUUAAUCGUCAUGGCUGUCCCGCAAAGCCCAACUGCGUGAAAAUAUAUAUAGAAUUUAAAUAGAUAGGUAUCAUGAAAUUAGAAUGAAAUUGUAUGAUUGCAUCAC